AUGACCGGAAGGCUGCUUGCCGGUUCAUUGGCUCUUGAAAGCCGCAUCCUUCACUAUCUUAUUGUUCGUAUCUUAUUCCCAAGAUCUUCAAACCUUGCACAGAGAUCUUUCUUGAUUGGUGCUGCUGUGGUUGCGUCCUUUUGUUAUCGCAAAGAGCGUGAUGGCUCUUGGGUAAAAAAGGAUGUUCAACCAAAUAAUGAUGAAGGGCAAUUACCGGUUGAAGGGGACUCUUCUCUCCUUCAGAGUAUUUUGGACAGGUUUGAUGGACUUCAAACCUAUGUUGGUGGAGAUGGUACUAAGGAGGAGGAACCAACAGAUUUGAGGCCAAAUCCACUUCAAAGGGGAGGGGAUGAUGUAAUCCUCCCUAGGAAGGGACCAGUCACUAGAGCUAUAAGCAAGAAGCUACAAGAGGAUUGGGCUAAAGUUGGUGAAGAAGGCCCUAAGAUUCUCAUGAACUUCAGGAUACUUUAUGUUUCUUACCAAGUUACCCCCCACUCUUCCAUAUAUAUACCCCUUCCUUUCACCCUUCCACCCUUCCAAACUCGCUUCCUCUUCUUAUCUUCACAAAAAGUGAUUCUGAAACUCAUGAAUUUCCAAAAACAAGAUGAACAAAAGGCCAUUGAGGAGGCCACAAUGGAAGGCCUAAAGGGCAUGGAUAACUUGAUUCAAAUCCUCUCUCACCAUCCAUCUUACAUAAACACCGAACUAGCCAACAUUAUUGUUUCAAAGUUUAAGAAGCUCAAUGCGCUUUUAAAUCGAACCGGUCAUGCCCGAUUUAGGCGCACCCCAAUUCACUCUACCGCACCGGUUCACUCAACUAAUCCGGUUCACAAUGCUUCCACCUCAUCAACUCAAGUCCCUUUGUCAGAAAACCCUAACUUGUUCGCGUUGGUGCAGUCUCCUGUGCCGGUGCAAGUGCACCGCAUGCCGGCGAGCGUGGCACUCGAUUUCAUGGAGCCACACAACCCACUUAUAAGCUUCAAUGCAAAAUCUGUUGAACUUGAAUUCUCAAAGGAGACUUUCAAUGUUCCCUCAAAAUCUUCAUUCAUCUCCCCUGCCAUCACCAACAACGGCAAUGUCUCCAACAAGGAGAUCUUCCUAGCACCGGCGCCACCGACAACCUCCGUCGAAAAAGUGUUGGCAUUCAAGAAGCAAUGCUAUGAACACCAUGAACAGUCUGUAGACAUUUCUGGAUCCAGCAAAUGCCACUACCUCAAGCAAAGGUACACCACAUUUCACCAAAUCAUAACUCUAAAGUUGUUGACUAGUACUUUAAAAAAAAAUAUAGUAUUUAAUGUUUAA